ACUAGCGAAUGGCGGUGAGCGGAUCCUGGAUUUCCUUCCGAAAAUUUGUUGUGUUGUGUUUGGUGCUUACGAUACUUCUGCUAUCCACUAAUAUUUUUUUGAGCUUCGAUGAUGAUGAAACCUUCUUUGAUGAAGGUGGAGAGGUGAUCCAAUCAUGGAGUGUGGACGCUGUUGGAAUCAAGGAAACGGAAGAUAAAAUAUUCAAUUUUCUAGAGGUGGAUGAAAAUUGGAAUGAACGAUAUUCUGAAGGUGGGCAUAUCGCAGACUGUACAAAUCUCAUGUUUCGUCCAACGAUGAUUUUCAAAUACUUAUACGUAGUGGGACUACCGUCAGCGUCAGCACUUCCGGCCUCAUUGUAUGCACGAUUUUUGCUCAGUCCUGCAUGACGGAACGAUGAGCCCUGAUAACAUGCUAAAUUAUUGUUUGUUUCUUUUGAAAGAGGAAAGGAUGGCGGUGGUGGGAAUUGGGGAAACUGAUGUCCAUUCAGAAUUUUGGAUGAAUAAAUGCGGAAUUUCCUGGCAUUUCAGCUCGAUUGAAUAUCAGUCUAGGAAUUUCAGCCAAGUUACCAAAAUUAACAAGGAGCUACUUUUCUAGUUAAUUCUGGUUAUUAAGCUCAAUUGUCCAUAGGGAAUAUUUCCCCCCUAUUAUGGAGAUCUUGAUGAACAGAUCCCACCUUUCACAUAGUACCUGGUAAUGAGGGGAGUUCCUGAAAACUGAGCCAGCCAAAUUGAUCUGCUUCAGAGAAAGUCCAGAAUACAUACCUGUCAGGUGCAUUAACUAACUGGGCUGGUUCAGUACCAUGGAAGUCAGACCGUAACAGUAACUAGUUAUUUUACCUUAUUUAAUCCAAUGCAGUUUGUCUUGUUUAUUUCACUUGCAUUAUCUUUCAGAAGAAGUUUACUAUGAUAGCAUUGACCACACCUUGAAAAACCUGCGCAAGCCUGCAGCAUAUGCAGCCAAGUACAAAUUGCCCAUAAUUAUCUGGUGGACCUCUUUUACACAUGGAAAUGAUAUCAAGAGAUGUAAACUUGGGGAGUGCUAUUUCACAGAGGCACGCAAAUUUAAAACACAUCCAAGAACCCAGGCUUUUCUGUUCUAUGGUACAUAUUUCACUCCAACAGACCUUCCAUUGCCAAGGCUUGGUAAGACCUUUUUUUCGCUAUUACUUACCACUAUUUGUCAGGAAAUUUAGUCAUAUAUAUGAUCUGUAGUUCUAAAGUGCAUGCAAUACAUACAGUUUUAAGGGAUCAGUUACCUUUCUUUACAUGCUUUUACCCUUAGAGGCAAUCAGUGGUUUCAGACUUUGUUAGGUAAUGAGAAUGAAGGUGACAUGAUUAUGGACUAACAACAGCCACAAAUUUUUUUAGCAUGCCCUGCCUUGCAUAACCUGCACAUUGUGACAAAAACUGAAAAAUAAAAUAAGAGUAUGGCCUGCCUGGAAAAACUGGUGUUUCUACACAGUCUAACUCAUAUAUCUUUCUGAUUAUCAGGACACCAUGAAUGGGGCCUGUUCCAUGAAGAAUCCCCAAAAAACAAUCCCCUUCUCCACCAUGAUACUACCAUUGAACUUUUUAACCACACUGCUACAUUUCGGAGAUCAUCAGAUUACCCAUUAAUCACUCAAAUGCUGUCAUCUAUACCUGAAUUAUUGAAGAAGCCAAGGUUUGACAUCCAUGAGAAGAGCACUUAUGAUCUUGCAUCAGUUGUGUAUGUCCAGAGUGGAUGUAAUCCACCCUCUGACAGAGAUGAAUUUGUGGCAGAGCUAAUGAAAUUUAUAAAAAUAGACUCCUAUGGGGCCUGCUUGCACAAUAAAGAUCUUCCAGAAGCAUUUAAGAGUCCUUUAACCAUGGAUGAUGAUGGUUUCCAUGAUAUUAUUGCAAAGUAUAAGUUUACAUUGGCCUUUGAGAAUGCAAUUUGUGAAGACUACAUAACUGAAAAACUCUGGAGACCUCUUGUCUUAGGGUCUGUGCCAAUUUAUAAAGGAUCACCAAGCAUCCAGGACUGGAUGCCAAAUAAUCACACUAUUAUAAAUGUGGAUGAUUUCAAAAGUCCAAAGGAUCUAGCUAAUUUCAUUAAAAAGCUGGAUAAAAAUGAUAAAGAAUAUGCCAAGUACUUAGCAUUUAAAGAUCAAGGAAUUACUAAUGAGAGACUAUUAUCGUUCAUGAAAAACCGACCAUGGGGGACAUCCUAUGAGGAACAGAACUAUGUUACAGGGUUUGAGUGUUUUGUUUGUGAUAGAAUUCAUGAAAAUUUAAAGCGCAAAGCCGCAGGUCAAGUGGAAAACAAGUAUUUUGCCUCUCAAGAACAUUAUGGCUGCCCAAGACCAGAAAAGUACAAUUUUGCUCAUUCAUCUAACCAUGAUAGCGAUGGUCAGAGAGAUCUUUGGUGGCAGGAGUAUGAUCAAAGUGUGAGAGAUUCACAGAAACUGAACCACCAUGUUAAAUCUAACUGGUACUUUUAAACUUUUUAUAGCAUAAUCAUAGACAUCCCUAUCAAUCUGAGGAGUGUUUAGCACAAAAUUGCUCUUUACUGCAGUGAAGGUAAUGGGCAAACCAAGGAGUUAAAAUGCUUCUUUGAAAUGUGAUUCACACAGCCAUUUUGCAUACCUCUCGGUUAACAUAGGAAAUGUUUGAGAGUCUGCCAAAAGUCAUGUUCUUGGACAACAAUAGAAAACAACUGUUACAGUUCCAGUUAAAAAAGACAUUUCUUGUUUCACAACCUUUGCCUUCAAAAGUGACUUCUAAUCCAAGGUAUAAGAUAAAAUACAAUGGAAAGUAAGUCAAAAUGUGAUAUAUGCCAACUCCCCCAGUUUUACUGGAAUCUUCUGGAUGAAGAACAAAUUUCUCAUAUCUCCUGUAGUGUGCUCAAUCUCUCAGUUACAUGUAAAUGAGUACUUCUCAUUACAAUAUCAAUCCAAUAACAAGUGGAAAAGUGAUAAGAAGAAGAGGUUUAUCAGAUGAUCCAGUACCAAAUUCUCUGAGCUAUCGUGAUAUGAAUUGUAUGGCAGAUAGUAAGGAGAAUUUCUUAGGAGAUUUUGGGAGUGAAAGGUUUAAAAGGAAUGGGGUACAGGUGAAUCAGAUGGUCCAUGAGGCAAACAUCUCCAGAUUUCACAUUGAUGGCAGAACCCCCUUACAGGUGGUAACCAAACCCAUCUUCACAUUUCCCAAGAUUGGAAUUUUUUAAAAGUGACAUUUUUUCACCCUUAGCACUAAAUCAUUCUACACUAUUGAAUGUGACAAUGUGCUGUACUCUCAAAACUAUAUUUGUUUCUACAAUAUCUAUACAGACUGCUUAGAGUAAUCACAUGUCAUUCCCACAAAAUUAUUCCAUCAGCUAGCACAAGAAAUUAUGUAUCCUUAUGUGGUCUUUUUUUUUUGGGUUGAAACUUUGGUAGAAUCAAAAUCUUUUCUUGUUUUACAUAAUUUUGGUAUGCAUGCUAAUGCAAGAAUAUGAUUUAUGCUAAUACAUUUACUUGUACCCAUACAGCUUAAAUCUCCACCAAUGACAACAAGUCCAUUAUUUGGUUGUGGAUUGUGAAUGGAAAGUGGUACUGCUUCACCCCUCCACUGCCUCUUUGAUGUAUUCACUACAUCACUCAAUUUGCAGUUUGUGUCUACAUGACUUACUCAGUACAUUGAAAGUUAGAGAGUACCAGUCAAAUUCCUGGCGAUGGAGAUGUAAAAUAUCCUGGCCUAUAAAACUCAAAACAAGUUUGAAUUCUGAAAAAAUAAGUUGAUUUGCAUUAGCACAGGACUUCUCAGUGCAGCGAAAGGGUAAAAAAUAACUUCUGUUGUUGACUUAAAGGAUGCACUUGGAAGUUGUCUUUAACUAAUAAUUCAAUACCUGCUACAAGUAAAUGAUAAAUAGUCUGAUCAGAUAAAGAGUAAAAAAAAAAAUCAUUUUUUUUUUGUGUUAAAUGUGACAGGUUUUUAUGCAAACCUUAGCAUACAUGUACACUAUAGGUAAAAACAAUUUCAAAAAUACAGUCAAAAUAAAAUCAUCAAUAACAAUUUGGUUAAAACUUAACUAUUAGAUAUCUCAUAAUAAUUUAUUUGCAAUUCUCUAACUGACUAAGGCUAGAGCACUCCCUGAAUAGCCCACAAGUAACAGUAACCAUUAUAGCUGAGAAAUAAACAAUAAGUACUAAACGCAGCUUUGUUAAAACUGAUGGGUAAGUACAUAUAGAGUAUAAACAUAUUUAAUUUAUACAGUAACCUUUUGUUUUUGUUUUUGUUUUUGUUUUUUUUUUUCCAUUUUUACCUUUUUUUUUUUAAGAUGGAGGUCAGUUCAGCCUGUUACAAUUAAGACAGUGUCAAAUUAACUUGCAAUAAUUAACAAUUAUUCACCAAAGUGGAGGUAAUUAGUGGUUGAUAUUUGUCAUGCUGCAAAGUGGUGGGGUAUAUAUCCAACAUUUUUGAAAAAUAUUGAGGUAAAACAUUAUUUUGAAUUAGUGCAAAUUGCUAGCAAAUGAAAAGUUACUUUUCUUCGCUUUUGACAAAUGCUAGGAAAAAUUUUAAAAUCCAACACCAUGCCCAGAACAGAAAUUUGUAUAUGUUGUUGGUAUAAUGCUCUCCAAUUUUUGAAGAGAUGGCAUUGUAUAAUUAUUAAUUUAAAAAAUUUCAGGAUGGAAAGAUCAAUUGACAAAGUUUCCUAUGUGUAUAGUGAAACAAAAUAGAAAGCUAUUUUGUUUCUUGAAGGCUGCUCUCAUGCUGCCACAUGUAUGAGACAAUAUAUUCUUUUCAUCCUCUCCUUCACAAUUGGAAAUUUCAUGCCAAUUGCUUGAGAGCCUUCUGAUCAAAGUUUUUAACCAAAUUCAAUUCUUCUACAGUCCAAACAUAUAACACAGUAAUAGCUCUCAAAUUUGAAUUUGAAAUGCCUUCAGGUUUCAAGCACAUCCAGC